GAAGUUGCAAUGGAGAUCAUUGAUGAAAUGGCUUUAGGUUUGUGCUUUGAAAUACACAGAUCUUGUAAAAGAGGCCUUUUAUUUCUUGAUGAAAUGGAUGCAGAGUCUCAGAAGCUUUAUGAAAUUGUCAAUAUUAGAGGAGUUGAUGUAUUUGGACAAACGUUUUCUGCUAAAAAGCAGUAUGACUGCAUUUGCCCUAACUGCCACAGAAAUCUGGCAGCCUCAAGAUUUGCUCCACAUCUUGAAAAAUGUAUGGGCAUGGGUGGAUGUGUUUCUAGAAUUUCUAGUAGAAGGUUCAGAACUAACCACAGUGUGAAAAAAGAAAGUGAAGUAGAGAGUGAUGACAAUAGUGCUGAUAAUGAUUGGACUUACCAAGGAGACAAAUCAAGUUAG